AUAGAAUCGAGAUCAUUUCCAGGACACUCGAGCGAUGGAUCCUGCAAUACUAGAAAUAGUCUUAAAGAACAAGUACCGGAACGAACGGAUCCUCAAAAUUUUGAGCGUCGAGGAUGAGAUAGCAGUUCCAACGGGUCAAAACUUCUUGUCCGCUAUCAAGAGGUUGAGGAUUAAAGUGGUCCUCGGGAACGGAAGGGUUGUCAAUCGCAGCGCUAUUAUGAAGAGUUCUGACGUACCAUCUGAGGCACACAACUCAUUCAUAAAGGACACCGGUGUUUUCAAGACGGAAACUACAAUGUACGUCACAGUUCUUAAUGAAAUGGAGUAUCUUUUGCAAGAAUUUGAUAAUGCUGAAGACAUCCCUUGGAGCAGACUUCUGUAUUAUGAACCUUACUCAACCAUGGUCUUUGAAGAUUUAAAGCCACUAGGAUUCAAGUCUCUCCUCAUCCCAUGCUACUUGGACAUGGAGCACGCCCUCCUGGUUAUCAGAGGCUUGGGGUUGUUCCACGGCCUCGGCAAGAUCUUGGAUGAGCGAGGUAUCAUCAAAAUGGACAGCUUUCCCAGUUGGUACGUCUUCAACAAGACACCCUACAGGAUAUGGCACUCUUAUCUCAUGGAGUUUGCCAGUGUUAUGGAUAAAAAUUGGAAUCCAAGUUGGAAGCCCAUUGUCAGUAAACUGAAAAAUCUCACUGUUAAAGAUAUUGAAGAUAAAUUAGAGGAAAUUUCCAAAUACAGCGAUCAAUGCAAUUUUAAAGUAAUUAAUCAUGGUGACUGCAUGGUGCCGAACCUGAUGUUUAAAUAUGAUUGGAAAAAUCAUCCAUUCUCCAUGAGAUUCUUGGACUUCCAGCUGUCUGCGUUCGGUACACCCUGCUUUGAUUUGUCAUACUUCAUUUAUAGAUCUAUGAAAGGAACAACUAUCAAAGAAAAUUUCCAAGAAAUAAUGGAGUGCUACCAUAGUUCAUUGACAAGAACACUAGAUAAGUUCAACUUCAUGGGGGUGAGGCCAACUUUAGAAGAGCUAAUUGAAGGAAUGGAUCGAGUAUCAUUCCUAGCCAACAUUCUCUUCAUUGUAAAUUAUACACCGAUGACAACGAGUCAGGGCGAUUUCGGAGACGACAUACACAAAGAAAGAAUUUUCUCUAUUUUCAACAGGCAAGAAUCAGAAGAAGACUUUGGUCCAGGGAUGAGAGAUUUCGCCAAUAAACACUUGUCUUAACUUAUAAAGCUAAUAUAUAUAUAUAUAAAGUGGGCUCCUCGAAUCCCUUAGAAAACCCAACACGAACUGCGAGAGGAUUAAGACUUGCCAUUAUGAUACUGUAAAUGGACGAAAUAUUUCUGUUUUAUUUUAUAAAUUAAGUUAACUGCGAUCUAGAAACAUAUAUGCUAGACUCCAAUUCAUAACUCAUUUAAAUUCUCAUGAACUUCUAUUAAUUAUUAAAAUAAUUACCACAACAAUGAAGUUCGCAAUCCUUUGGUUUGAUUCUGUUCGCUCAGAAAAACAAUGAAAUUAUAGUCACAGCAUAAUUGUAAUGUAAAUAACUAUGUAUUGUAAUCAGCCAACACAAUCACAUUGCUCAGUACUUUCACCAAUGUAUUAGAUUUUAUGAGACUACUUUACCUUGUGUAUUAACAUAUUGGUUUGUCCAAUUCAAUCUAUUGAUGUGUAAUGGUUUUGAAUAAAUUAUGAUUUUUUAUUUUA